AUGACGGCUGGCAGAGCAAGCAACGCUGCCGCUAUCGAAGCCAUAGAUGCCCAGGCUAGGUUCCUUUAUCGCCGCCUACGCGACACUGGGCCAAGCCAUGCUGGCCUUGCUGUGGCCAGCCGCUCGUUGCACACUGUCCUCAAAGAUCUCCGCACGGAAGCCCGCGAUCUGGGUAGUCUUCUCAAUAAGUCAUCGCCCAUUUAUUCCGUCGACGCCACGCGCGAGCUUCUCCCUCUCCUGGACCAAAGUGACAUAACUCUGAAAGAAGUCAUCGCUGCCCUUGGCAAGGACGUUCCUGGCUCUGGAUCCAACAACAACAGUGCAAGCAGUUUAGGCGCUGAAACGGAGGGCAGCGCCGUCGCCGCAAAUACGAGUGCCAAAGCAUCCACUCCUCUCGCCACUGCCUCUUCUGUACUAUUGCCUGGUGCUGAAAUCGUAAGCCGCGAAAGCAACACAAUUGCGCUCGCUUGCAGACAAAUAGAAGACCAAACAAGGAAAUUUAUUACAUUUCUCGACACCGUCAGUUUACGCAACCCACCAGAGACAAUCACAGAAGCAACAACACGCUCCGCACCUCCGACUCGGCCGCCAUCGAUCUCGCCUAUGCCCCCAGACGACGAAGACCUCGAUACAAUCAAAGACCGGGUCAACUCUAUUGCUCUUCGGCUGUCACAGCAAGACUUGAUCUCGUCUUCCCAGUUUGGCACAGCGUCUGUUGACGAGCUGUGGCAAGUGUUUUACACCGAGCUCAUAUACGAAGGAUUCUCCACCGAAGCUCUUUCUGCAAACCAGUCAAUAAAGGAGGUCCUACGAGCGUACAUUCAGGAACUCAAGUACAAGGGUCUCAUCCAAGGGCACGAAGUCCCCCCAUCACAACCCCCAGCCCAGGAAACAGUGCAAGCAUUCCCGUCGCUUAUGGUCCCUGGCCCGUCGCCUUCUACGCCUUUGCAGCGACCGAGGAUCGAGGAAAGCAGCCCCAAAGAGGUUGUACAACCAUUUGAAGGCAACGAGAAGUACCAUCACUCGGUCAAGGAAAACCGCCUAAUAGCCCUGCCCCAAUACGACUACAUUCCCUACCGACCUGCCACGGCCGCGACUCCGCCCACCCACCAAGAGGAGGAGCAGGGACAGCAAGCAACACAAGCAACGCAAGCAACGCAAGCAACGCAAGCAACGCAAGCAACGCAAGAAACACAAGAAACACAAGGAACGCAAGGAACAAUGCCGUCCUCAAGAGACACAUUGCCGGGAGACCGACUGCUCGUACUCUCUCCCGCCAUCCUGGCAGCUAGAGCAAGCAUGCCUCACACCAUCCGUAGCCCGCCUCAACUACACUCACCCUCCUCGGGCGAGGGCUACACGCCGCCUUCCUCGUCCGACUCCGACUCUGACAAUGGCUACCACAAAGACUUUUGCCUCAUGUCAACAAGGGACCUGCUCGCCAUUGACUGGCGUGCCCAGGAGAGGUUUGCAGCCCGAGUGGGUGUGACCUACCUCUACCCGCAGCUGCUUCAAGAUGGCAGCCAUGCCUCGCAACGUCCACCUUUUAAACCACUCGAUCCGGCGUCAGCCAAGUAUGAGGUCUCUCCAACUGCCGCAGCCCUUAUUCGCCAGAAUUCUUUACAAGAUCAUCUCAGACGCCCCGCGUCGACGUCACAAAGACCCAUCCAGAUCCCUUCUCAAAGGUCAUCACAUCAGCCUAUCCUUCCUGCCGGCCUUUCCGUACCCACGGCAGAUCACCCAUACAGCACUUCGGCACCAGAAGCAGCUGCCGACCAGUCAGCCGCCUUUGGUAUUGUUAUGCCAGUGGGCACGUCCAAAGCCAAGCAGCCGCAGUACAUGCUCAGCCUAGGACUCGCCCCUGAUUCAAAGGGGAAUUGCAUCCCCCCGGAUGCCAUUUGGACAAGAAUCAGCCGACGGCUCGUCUCGCCCGAGGUUCUUGAAAAGGCCGGCGUUCGCUAUGAGGCACGGCCAACUUUUGUUGCGGUUCUUGGCAUGCUGGACAAGAAAACCAUUGCCGAAUACGCGCGGCAGAGUGCAGAAGCGCGGAGAUCUCGACACUCCUCGGCCUAUGCACGGGCUCAGCUGCCGCGCAACAGCCCUCCAGACGACCGUCGCACAUCAUUCGGAGCUGGCCCAGCAGUGGAUCCGAAGCCAAGGAUGCGACGGAUGCAGUCCAUGCCUGACGUUAGCAACAGCGACGAUCGGCGUAAUGGCCCUGCACCCAACGCGAAUGCCAACAAGGCCAGCACGUUUCCCCUGGACCGUGAUGCAACAGCGUCAGCGAACGAUGGUCGGAAUAGGGACGGCGACAAAGGUUCGGCGUACCCGUUCAUUGUGUCUCCGCCAACGACGGAGGCCAAUGCAGGAGGUGUGACGCCCGAGGGAUCGAAUGCGCAGCCCGAGCCGCAACCCAAAUCAAUUCUCAAGAACAAAAACACGAACCAAGUGCGCUUCAAGGAUGGCAAGUUAGUUGAGGUGGGCCCCGACGACACCGAGUCAGGCCCGUCGUCUCGCGACAAGAGCCACAGCGGCACCCACCACGGCCAUGGCCACGGUCACAGCAGCAAGCACCGCGACCGGAGCCGGCACCGCGAUCGAAGCCGGCACCGCGACUCGUCAACUCACCGUCACCGCGACUCGUCAAGACACCGCCACCGCGACCACAGUCGGACCCGCUCUGAUGAUGACGAUCGCAGCCGCUGGCGUGAUGAUUUGGACCGUGACCGUGACCGCGACCGCGAUCGAGAUCGGGAUCGUGAUAGAAACCGAGAGCGCGACCGGGAACGUGAUCGUGACAGAGAAAGAAGUCGCGACAAGGACGAUGGCGACAAAGAGUAUGACUCGCAACGACGACGACGACCCGAUGAACGAAGCCGUGACCGAGGUGACAGCUCAUCGCACGAUCGCGACCGCAAUCGGGAUCGUGAUCGCAAUAGGUCGCGCGACCGAGACGAACGUGAACGGGAACGUGACCGAGACAGAGACCGAGACCGUGACCGUGACCGUGACCGUGACCGUGACCGCGAUCGUGACCCUCGUCGCCUCCAGAGCCAACGCUCCUACCGCGACUUGUCUUCCCGCAACCGGGAUGGCCGCGACUCUCGAGACUCUCGGGAUCGCGACGGCCGCAACAGUCGUGAUCGAAGCGACAAGGAUGGCCGUGACCGUGACGGCGGCCGCAAGCGAUUCCGCGACACGCUCAAUGCUGCCGGUAUUGGUGGUGCUGCUGGCAGUCUGUUCUCGGUGCUCACCGAGGCCGCAUCCGGCUUUUUGUAA